AAUUCGAACGUCGUGAAUGACAUUUCGUGUUUUUAAAUAAAAAAAAUAACGAUCAAUUUUUUUUUCUCUGGUUUCUAAAUAGUUUGAUUUAUUAAUGUUUUUUUUUUAAUAUAAAGUCGUAUAAGUUUUUGUUUAAUAUGUGUGGACAUUAGUGAAAUUGGAUUUUAUGGCUAAUAUUAAUGAUCCAGAAUAAUGAAACGAUUUUCAGAAAUGCGACGUAAACUCACCAUUAAAAAGUAAAUUAACAUGUGACUGCAAGAUGGGAACCAAUGAUAAUGAUUUUAAUAAAUCAAAAAUUGCAGAUAAAGGACAAAUUCUAAGUGUCAAUAAUGAUGUCAAAAUAACAGAUGAUAAAAAUAAAUAUGACGUAAAAUAUUAUAAAAACGAAGUUAUGGAUGUCCCCAAUGAAGCUUUUAGUGAUUUUAGUGCGGCCUCUUAUGUGAAACACAGGUCGCGAGUGACGAGUAGAAGUGCCAAUACAUUGUUCCUUUUGUUAAGGAUAACGAAACAAUUGAACGUGCUAGUGUGGCAAUGUAUGUCGUUUUUGGUGUUGCUUAGUUCAGUGAGUGCGUAUAGAGAGCAGAGGUUUGCGAUUGAACCACAAGAUCAGAGUGCUGUAGUAGGAUCGAGGGUAACGUUACCCUGUCGAGUGGAGAACAAGGCUGGCCAGCUGCAGUGGACGAAGGAUGACUUCGGUUUAGGCACACAUCGUCAUCUCACUGGCUAUGAACGAUACAAGAUGAUUGGAAGUGAUGAAGAAGGUGACUACUCGUUGGACAUCAGAGAAGUAACGCUGGAUGACGAUGCGUUGUAUCAGUGCCAAGUCAGUUCUGGACCGAAAGGUGAACCACCAAUCCGCUCCAGGUACGCUCGUCUUCUAGUCCUCGUGCCACCAGAACCUCCCAAGAUCCUCAAAGGUCCAGUUCUUCAAGCAGUUGAAGAUAGGGAAGUUAAUCUGGAGUGCAUCUCUGUUGGAGGAAAGCCUGCAGCUGAAAUUACUUGGGUGGACAACGACGGUGGAGUACUAACACAUGGAGUCAAUUACACAGUAGUGCCAAUGUCUGAUAACCGGAGAUUCACGGCUAGGUCUGUGCUUCGACUGCGUCCAAGAAGACAUCAUCACAAUCAGACGCUCACGUGUCAAGCUCAAAAUACCGCAGACCGAGCUUACAGAGCUGUUACUAUCAAACUGCAGGUACAAUACGCACCUAAAGUUCGAAUGUUCGUGAAGUCUGGAAUAUUGAAAGGAAGCAUUCAAGAGGGAGAUACCGUCGUAAUUGGUUGUCAAGCCAGUGCGAAUCCCAACAAUCUUACAUACAAAUGGUAUGUCAACAAUGAACAUAUUGCUGGUGACAUCAGCAAUGAAUUGAUACUAUCAAAUAUAUCAAGGAGGUUCAACGAAGCGACGAUCAAGUGCGAAGUUCACAACCAGGUUGGGAAAAGUGCUGACACCAAAACUCUGGAAGUGGCCUAUGGACCAACGAUCAAAGUUCAACCUCAAAAUGUAGAAGGUGAAACGGGAACUUCAGCUACAAUGUCCUGUAUCGUAGAUGGUCAUCCACCACCGAAAAUCCAAUGGCUGAGAUACGAGAAUGAGAGGCUUAUUAGAGUGGGAAAAUCUCCAAACUUGACGAUCACAGUGACACCACAUUCAGCUGGUCAGUACUGGUGCAAAGCGAGCAUAGAAAACCGUCAAGAUGUGCAAGCUCCUGUAAUGGUGUAUAUCAAAGGACCUCCGAAGAUAAUGUCAAAUCAAACACAAUAUGGAGUCGAAGGGGACAGUGUGAGAAUAGAAUGUGUCUCGUUUGCCGUCCCUAAGCCUGACUAUAUCGUGUGGACCUUUGAGGGCACCGAAAUCAACUCUUAUCAGAACCAGGAUUAUGCGUUUUUGGAAGAAACCUUAACGGAUAGGAUGACGAAAUCAACCCUUAUUAUAAGGAGAAGUGAAUUGAAACAUUUUGGACCCUACAAUUGUACUGUUGUCAACAUUUAUGGCAUGGACAGCAUUGAGAUUAACUUGGUGCCAGCCAAAACAUUUCCAAUGAUCUUCAUAAUAGCUGGAGGGUCAGCCUUCAUAGUCUUCGUGUUGAUAAUCAUGCUGAUUAUAAUGCUAUGUCAUAAGAAGACCAAGAAGUCCGAUGUCAAGAAACCAGACAUAACGGAUUUAGGAAAGACUUGUGUUGAUCAGUUCAAAGAUUGUGAUAGAAGUUCUAAUAUCAGUGAUCUGAAGUUGGAACUGAGACAGGUGGAAGGAAGCUGUGACUUGGACAACUCCAACGGUGGUUCAGAAACCGACCUCCAUCCAACUCUUCACCUCAAAUCAAACCUGGGUCUACCUCUUGCUGGUCCCGUACCAGUACCAGAUUCAGGGUAUGACAACGAGCUGAUGAAGCAAUACCAAAGAUACAGUGGGGAUUUCAACCAACCUAUCAACAAUUUGAAUUUUAAGCAUCAUGGCCAAAGCAACGGUUACGUGCCAUACGUGGACUACUCUCGAGACUACGCCCCACCAGUACCAUCAGAUUCCAUGUCAGGCUCCCUGUCAAGAAGCACUGAUGGGUCUACCUACCCCAGUCAUUGUGGGUCCUUACAUCGGCAGCAGAGCUGUGGCAGACUCGGGGGCAUCGUUGGGCCUGAUGUGAUUCCUAUGUCUGGUCCAGGAGUAGUUGUGACAGGAGAAGAUGUAAGAUAUACUGCCACUUAUGGGAAUCCAUAUUUGAGAGGUGGUGCUCCUGUGGCAUACGUUCAACAAAUGAGCACCAACCCGGUUGGGAAGCCCGCACCACCUCCUUACUAUACUGUCAGAAAUGCCAAUCAUCCACCAAGUAAUUUAUAUGUGCCAUCAGUAACUUCACCUUCAUCAUCAUCUUCUUCGAGGCCCGUCACCAGUCCAAUGGCGUCAUCUUCGUCAACGAAUAGUGGUGCACAGCCUCAAGUGCCUAAAUCAUCUUCGCAGUCUUCAGGAGCUUUGUAUAUACUUCCGCCGUCCAGUCAAGGAAACUUGCAGUCCAAUCAGAUCACUACCAAAGGUAAUGGGUCCCAGCUGACAUCGGGGACACACGUUUAAUUAAAUGAUGAGUAGUUAGGUAAAAUACAUCAAAUGUUUUUAAAUAUUAAAAGAUUUUAAAUUGAAACGAGGAAGUGACAUGGUAAUUAGGGUUGUUUUUUUUUAUUUGGUUAAUGUUUUUAAAUUGAUUUAUGUAUGAAAGCAUUGAGCAGCUAAAGUCGUCACUAUCUAUUAAGGUAAUGUUCUGUUGUAAUGGAAAAAUCUGUUUGUUUAUAGUUAUUUUUGGCUACCUUAAUCAACCAAUUUUACUUGCAUGUGACAUAGAUCUGACUCAAAAAGUAUUGUUGAAAAUCAAAAGAGUAAAACAGGUAAAAAAAGACUUUUAUAAAUACAAAAUAGAUCCAUAAAUAAGUUUACCACCUUAUUGGAAAUUUAAAACUAAACUUAAUUUUCUUUAUUCGAACUUUUUUUUUAUUCUACUGCAUAAAAAUAUAACUCUAACUUACCAUGUAACUUCAUACUCUUUUGUAAGGUAUAGCUAUACUUAAUCUUAAAGAUAAAAUGUAUUACCGUGUCGAAGACACGACGCAAAUUGUUGAUUUUUAAUUAUAUUUGCACUAAUGUUAUCAAUUCACCUCCUAUUACAUAGAACACGUAACAUAAAGAGUGAA